CACCGCCGCACACGUGCAAAAGUCUCCCAGCCGACAGACAGCACCUCCGCGUCUAAGCUGUCGCUCUCCGACGAAUCCCCCCUGAUCCCCGCGGGCAUUCCCCAAGACUCGACCAUUGCUAGUGAUCUGAGCAACGACAGCGAGAGCGAGUUGAGCGAUUUGAGCGAGUCCAGUGAGGCUACCUCGUCAGGAGUCUCGAGCGACGACGAUAGUGAUGACGAGGAGUCGCAGCUGGCCACAGACAACGAAAAUGAAGAUGGCAUCAUCAAUCUGAUUGCAAAUAGGGGGAAGAAACCGUCGAUCAAGCUGUCCAAAGACGAUAAUGCAUCGGACUUACAAGCCCACCUGAAGCAUUUCCUGCCGAAGCUCGCCGCUGCGAACGUGGAGCUGGAGGCAGCAGAGAAGGCGGGAACAUUGAUGAUGAAGAAGAUAGAGGUGGACGACGGUGAGGAAGAGGGGCAGUACAUUGAGAUGAAUCUCGGACUCGGCGUAUUAGAAUGCAAGGACCCUUGCGCCGAAGGUGCUUCCUCAGACACGGAUUCUGGUAGUGACGAACAUGAGAACGCUAACACUCAGGCUAUGGAGAAGGACCUACUCGGAAAGCUCAUGGGUCGUGGGAGGAAGAGAGUUGGCAUUCACGAGGUUCAGGAC